AUGUACUUUCAGAACUAUGGUGAGGUUUUACAAGUGGUUAUCAUGAAGUAUCGAGACACUGAGAGAGUCGUUAUGCAGAAACACAUGAUUGAUGGAAAAUCUGUUACAUCAUUGCUUCAAGAUGCAAUGGCUGGAGCUCCUUUAAACGUUACUGGGAGUGCAUCUGGUUCAGGACCUAGCACCAGCAAUUCAUUACCAUCUAUGUUUCCGGCGGGAAGUGCUCCUCCGAGGAGUUGUGGUUCACCGCAUUCAGUGAAACAGAGUUUUACUUCAGCAGUCAAACUUAUAACAAACAUGGACAGUUAA